UUUUUGAUCAACGACGUGCGCCCGUGCCUAAGUUGUUCCAGGAACUCCGGUUGUUACUAUUACUUUUUCCAGCCUCGAUCGCUGGAUAGGCGUUUGCCCACGACUACAUACCGUCAUUGCCGAACUCGGAUGAUUAGAUCGGCAUAGGGACCCAAACCAGGAUCUCGCGUGUGCAUUAUCUGUGCAUCUCUGUUGAGGUUUCGAGAAAACUGCCGUUCGGAAGCUAUCUAUCACCAACACAAUGAAGUUCGGUAAACACAUCCAGAAGCGGCAGCUGGAAAUCCCAGAAUAUGCAGCCAGCUUUGUUGAUUACAAGGCGCUCAAGAAGCUCAUCAAGAAACUCAGCUCUACUCCCAUUAUACCGGCCCUGAGCGAGAGCAACUAUGGACUUGAAGGACUGGACCCGCGAAGUUCACUGCAGGCGAACAAGGCUACUUUUUUCUUCCGAGUGGAACGGGAGAUAGAAAAAGUCAACACCUUUUAUCUGCAGAAAGAGGCCGAGUGUCGUCUACGUUUGACAACCCUUCUCGAUAAGAAAAGAGUUAUGCAGCAGCACCCACAGUCUGUCUCCAAGACUUCUUCGCGAUAUAUUGCUCUUGAGGAAGGGCUUAAGGCGUUUAGUAUGGACUUGAACAAGCUUGAGCAAUUUGUGGAAGUAAACGAAACCGCCUUUUCCAAGAUCCUCAAGAAGUGGGACAAAACCUCCAAGGUUAGUCAUCACCUCUGGCGCUCUCUUCGACAUGGGCUGACCUGAAGCCAGUCAAGGGAAAAACAACUUUACCUUGCCAGAGCCGUUGAAGUCCAACCAUGUUUCAACCGCGAGGUUAUCAGCACUCUUUCCGAUCAGGCGACGCAAGCGCUCUUCGACUUUUCCGGGUGGGCUGAGGGCGAGGGCGUGCAGGCCCCACAUCCGACCGCCGAACCUAGGGUCUUCGAGCCUGCAUUCGAAGCGAAACUCGAGCUUGACAACCAGUUUGUUCAAGCUAUUAACACUGCAAAUCUCGACAAAAUCGAGGAAUGUCU